AUGGCUAGUCUACUAUGGUUUGCUCACUUUCUCUCCUUCCUUUUGUUUCACUUGCGUUUCCAAGCUGGUUCUUCUCUACCUUUUUCUUUCAAUUCCUCCUCUGCAGCCAUGCCGUGCCAACAUGACCAGAGUCUUGCCUUGGUCCAAUUCAUGAAAACCUUUUCUAUUAGAAGUAAUGCCUCUUCCUGGGAUUUCCUUUACCCCAAGCCUUAUCCCAAGACAGAGUCUUGGAAAGAGGGCACAGAUUGCUGCUUGUGGGAUGGGGUCACUUGCGAAAUAGAAACAGGUAAUGUAAUUGGCCUUAACCUUUCUUCUAGCUUGCUCUAUGGUACCAUCCAUUCUAAUAAUUCUCUUUUCCUCCUUCCUCAUCUCCAAAAGCUUGACCUCUCCAAUAAUGACUUCAACCAAUCUCAAAUUGUGCCUCAAUUUGGCCAGUUUUUGAAUUUAAGGUAUCUUAACCUAAAUCACUCUGUUUUUGAGGGCCAAAUUCCACUAGAAAUUUCUUAUCUGCCUGCUUUGGUUUCGCUUGAUCUUUCUAAGAACCCUUAUUUGAUACUUGAAACCUUUAUUUUUAACGAGCUUGUUCAAAACCUGACCCAGUUACAGCAAUUGGACUUGAGUGAAAUAAACAUGUCCUUGGUCGGGUCUAGUUCCUUGAUGAAUUUGUCUUCUUCUUUGACAUCUCUCAAACUCAGCGAAUGCCAAUUGCAAGGGAAAUUCCCAGAUAUCAGUCAUCUAUCCAAGUUGGUUUUAUUGGACCUCUCCUAUAACAAUUUUAGUGGUGAGAUUCCAUCCUCAUUGGAAAAUUUUAAACAGCUUGAUACUUUAUACCUUGACAACAACAAUCUCAAUGGUCAAAUUCCAUCCUUACUCGGAAGCCUUAAGGAACUCUCCUCAUUGGACCUCUCCUAUAACAAUUUUAAUGGUGAGAUUCCCUCCUCAUUUGAAAACCUUAAACAGCUUGACAGUUUGUACCUCUAUAAAAACAAUCUCAGUGGUCAAAUUCCAUCCUUGCUCGGAAGCCUUAAGGAACUCUCCUCAUUGGACCUCUCCUAUAACAAUUUUAAUGGUGAGAUUCCCUCCUCAUUUGAAAACCUUACACAGCUUUAUUAUUUGGACCUCUCCUGUAACAAUUUUAAUGGUGAGAUUCCCUCCUCAUUUGAAAACCUUAAACAGCUUUAUUAUUUGGACCUCGAAGACAACAAUCUCAAUGGUCAAAUUCCAUCCUCACUUGGAAGACUUAAGAAACUCUCCUCAUUGUACCUCUCCUAUAACAAUUUUAAUGGUGAGAUUCCCUCCUCAUUUGAAAACCUUAAACAGCUUCACAGUUUGUACCUCUAUAAAAACAAUCUCAGUGGUCAAAUUCCUGUUAGAACCUAA